AUGAACGCGUCCAAUAUCAACAACAUCACACAGGACGCCCGUGUACGGGUCCUCACCGGCCUCUACUCCCAGGAAGAAAUUCUCGAACAGCUCAUCGAGAUCUACGAACUCCCCGAGCACGGCACAACCGUCGUCCAACAGCUGAUACAAUCACUCUGGAACCAGCAACUCGAAGAAGUGGCCAGAUGGCCCGAUGAACCGACCGACGUUGAAAAGCUCGAAGACGCUUUCUCCCGUUUAGAAGACGAGGAUUACAUCAUUUGUCGUAUGAAUUUUACCUGCUGUCAGACCUGCGGCACUGCCGAGAUUGGCGGGGAGGCAGAUGAAUCACACAUCGGGUACUGCUUCUUCCAUCAACAGGAUACAGAGGCAGCAGCCGAGGGCGCGGGACUGUCGCUUCGAUACGGGGCUUUCAAAAAAGAUAAAACGGACGAGAGCGCGGUGAAUAUCGGCAGGAAAAUCGUCGCAAGGCUACGAGAGGUGGGGCUUAACGUGGACUGGGAUGAGGAUCCGAAGAAAACCAUCGAGCUUGAGCCGUUUCAGUGGCGCGUCCGUCUCCGUUAG